GUAAGAACUGCUUUUUCGAAAACAGCCCCGUAUCCCCUGCAAGCAGCCUCGUUUUGGGAGAAGAGGAUCUCGCCAGCGCAAGGGCUGGCUCUCCCCUGUAGCGCUGGUCACAUGACGACAUGUGUCAAUGACAUCAUUACCGCCGUUGUCGUUGAGCAAACAAGUGACAGAACUGUUCUUAAAGGCGAACGGCAUCACCAGGGUAACCACCUCUAUUCUGAAAACUCCAGUCGGACGCCCUCUACUAUCGAACACCAUGAGUGACACUGUAACCCGCGAGGUUGCCAAAGGUGUAUGGAUAUUCUCGAGACCAUUUGCAAGAUAUGGUGUAUUACCGAUGGGUGGGAGAUCCACGGCCAUCAAACUGUCGGAUGGUGGAGUGUGGGUACUCGCUUCAACGCCGUUAUCCGAAGAGACGAAGAGAAAAAUCGAUGAACUUGGACAAGUAAAGUACAUCAUCAACGCUGAUGCCGUGCACCACCUCUUCCUAGGCGAAUUUAAGAGAGCAUAUCCGGACGCGAAGCUAAUAGGGGUAGCAGAUACGUUAAAGCGUAUUGACGAUAAGAGCAUCAAAUUUGAUGGUUUGUGGGGUCGCGAUCCUCCCGAUACGGAGUAUGGCUUCGAAAACGACAUCAAGCACUGUUAUUUCUCCGGUUUCAGGAAUAAAGAUGUAGCGUUCCUCCAUGACCUCCUCCUUAAUCUACCGGCUACCGAGCAAGCGACAUUAAAGCCGAAUUCAUGGGCGCAACAGAAGAUCUUGCAAAGUCUUGCUACUGACAUGGAAGCCAUGAAGCGCGAUGCGAGGACAGUGGCAUCUUGGGACUUCGACAGAAUUAUCCCUUGUCAUGGCGACGUCAUAGAGCGUGAUGGGAGCAAGGCGUGGAGGGAGGCGUACAAGUUUUUCAUUGACUAAUUUAUGUGUGCUGUUGCGUUAUCUCCUUUGGGCCGCGGAUGUACUAUGCCAUGCUACUCAUGUCAGUCCGCGAGUAUCUUGAGCUUGAGGUAUGUAUUCGUACCGACUCCUUCUGAAGACAGCGAC